AUGGCUGACACUACUAAUGCAGAAAAACCAAUAUCAGUGCAUUCACUUGUGUUUCGUUCACUUAAACGAACACAUGAUUUAUUUCUUGCUAAUCAAAAUACACCUGUAUUACCUGAUGAAACGGCAGAUAGUAUAUCAAGAAAAAUUAAAGCUAAAGACCAAUAUGGUACUGUACUUACUUUACCAAAAGGUAUGAAACCACAUGUAAAAAGUGUAGUAGAAACAAAUGAAACAACAACUGAAACCACAAAUGAUGAUACAGCUCAUAAUACAAAUGAAACAGUGAAUGAACCUCUUCCCACUACAACGACAAAUACUGAUGUGUCAUCAACAACACCAAUGAGCACUGCACUUGUUUUGGCAAAUAAACCACAGCAAUCAUCGAAUCAAUUACAAGCACUUGUUUCGAAGAAACCAGCAUCAGUUAUGCCUAAGCCACAAUGGCAUGCUCCAUGGAAAUUAAUGCGAGUGAUUAGUGGACAUUUAGGUUGGGUACGUUGUGUUGAUGUUGAGCCUGCUAAUGAAUGGUUUGUUACUGGUGCAGCUGAUCGCGUGAUUAAAAUAUGGGAUUUAGCUAGUGGUACACUUAAAUUAUCACUCACUGGUCAUGUAUCUACUGUGCGUGGUGUUGCUGUUAGUACUCGACAACCUUAUUUAUUUUCUUGUAGUGAAGAUAAACAAGUUAAAUGUUGGGAUCUUGAAUGCAAUAAAGUUAUUCGUCAUUAUCAUGGACAUUUAAGUGCUGUUUAUGCACUUUCACUUCAUCCAACACUUGAUAUUCUUGUUAGUUGUGGUCGAGAUUCUGUAGCACGAGUAUGGGAUAUGCGUACGAAAGCUCAAAUACAUUGUUUAACAGGACAUACAAAUACGGUAGCCGAUGUUAAAACACAAGCAGCAGAUCCAGAAGUCGUUACUGGUAGUCAUGAUAGUACAAUACGUUUUUGGGAUCUUAUUGCUGGACGAACUUAUUGUACCUUAACACAUCACAAGAAAAGUGUUCGUUCACUUGCUAUUCAUCCGAAAUGGCAUACAAUGGCAUCAGCUUCACCGGAUAAUAUCAAAGAAUGGAAAUUUCCAAAAGGAGAAUUUAUUCAAAACUUAAGUGGUCAUAAUGCCAUUGUUAAUUCAUUGGCUGCUAAUGCUGAUAAUGUACUUGUGUCAGGUGCGGAUAAUGGUUCAUUAUAUUUUUGGGAUUGGAAAACUGGUUAUAAUUUUCAACGUCUCCAAACGAUUCCACAACCAGGUUCAAUCGAUCCUGAAAUGGGUAUUUAUGCAAUGACAUUUGAUCAAAGUGGUAGUCGAUUAAUUACAUGUGAAGCUGAUAAAACAAUUAAAAUCUAUAAAGAAGAUGAGACAGCGACUGAACAAACUCAUCCUGUAUUAUCAAUUCGAUAUCUUUCUUUGUCAGCCAUAAACAAUGCUCGAGAACGUUCGUAUCGUGUAGCUGACAAGAAAGGUUUUCAUAAUCGUGAAGAUGUUAAUUAUGAUAUACCUAAACAAGGAAAACAAACAAAUUUUCGUCAUCGCUUUCGUUAUACAGCAUUAGAAGAAGUUAAAAUGGAACAAGGUAGUCAACGAUCAUUAAUCGAACCAAUGAUUGAUCGAACGACACCACCACAUAAAUUUCACGUUGUUACGAAAAUACGAUCAACAUAUGGUGAAAUUGUUUAUGUUAAAGAAGCGCUUGCAAAGCUUGGUUUCAUUAGUUACGGCCGAAAGCAAUGGGAUAUAUUAACAGUGAUCGUUAAAAAUGUACCAUCAGUAAAUAAACAUCUAUAUGUAUGCAAACAUAUGGUACAGAUAAAACCAUUAGUUUUUAUUGAUGGCGUACCAUCCUUAGAUGAUAUUGGUUCGACAAAACUAUUUCCACAUAAUGGACAUUUAACUAUAGGAGAUCAUUUUGAUCUAAAACAAAUGAAUAUUUCAAUAGAUGAUAAUGAAAAAUGGCCAGUAAAUAUGAAUCAUAUUGUUGCUCGUUUACAUGCCGAUCGAACUGCAAAUCGUCUUCAUGCAGAAUAUUUUCCAACAAAAUAUAAUUGGUUUUUUGGUCAAGAUAUACCUGGUGUUAAAAUAAUACAACCAGUCAAUCCUGAGACUAAAGAUACACAUUUAGAGGAUCUGUAA